AACGUCAAGAGUCAAAUGCGAUCAUGAAGUACUGGUCGAAUCAAGACCGAGUAACGAAAGAAUGGCGACCUGGAGAAUAGGAUAAUGUCAAUAUCAAUUCGAGUACAGGGCUUCAGGGGUAAAGAUUACAAUAACGAUAGGAUCACAGAGCCAGAAAAGGAAUGAUAAUGACACUGAUACAGAAGCUCAUACAAGGAAUCAAGGGUCUACCUGAGUAACGAGCGACAAGGGAAAUGAGAGAAGAAGAAGAAGGGAAUAAUCAGGAGAUGCAUUAUGAGAAUCAUAAUAAUAAUAAUAAUAGUACUGGCAAGGUAGUGAUAAGAGAGUACGGAGCUGUGUGUGGUACACGAUCACAGGAACCGGAGCAAAAGAUGAAACAACGGUUCUGGAGAGCAGCAAGAGGGGGUGGCUCGGAGAGUGGACCAGAUCAGGAGUCGGAAUGGAAUCAUCGAUGCUGUUGAAGACUUACGAUUUUGUUUUGGUAGUAAAUUUACUUUAUUCCUUUGGUUGAGAUGAAAGCUGGAUAGGAGCGAAAACAGGAAAGAAACGAGACGAGACGAGGGAAGGAUGGGGACCAGCACGAGUGCACAGCACGAUGUGUGAUGAAAAGAGAGAGAGAGAGGGAGGGACAGAGAGAGAGGAACGAAGUAGAAAGAGUCCGGAGUAAAACAAAAAAGAAAAGAGAAGAGAAGAGACAGAAGAGAGACAAUCAGGAAUCCCU